AUGAAGAUCGUGGCACUUAAUAUGCGUCUACGUGAGGCCUUUUCAGCGCUGCUGAAGGACUUCCCGUCUUCUCACGCCUUGUCCAACGUCUCCAAUAGACGUCCUUUUGUCUUGCACUCUCAAUCCUCGUUUUUCGUGGCCUCUACAGACCUCUACACGCAACACUGUCGUUUGAUAUUAACGCGUCUCAAUUCCUAUCAAUAUGACUCUGCAAGUGCGUUUCUACUCGAUCUGGAGCAAUUGGAGUGCGUGGCCGAGUCCGUAGUAAUCAAGCAGCAAGUGAAGGAUCUUUUUGAGCGUCUCACGGUCUCUGAAAGUGAGAAACAAGGCGAGGAAAGAUCAGUGAAGGUUUCUAAUCAAUGCGGGACGACGGUCUCAUUAGGCUCGAGUUGUGGCGUUCCUGGGCUUCAGGAAGUCACGUCCAUUGGAUCAGAAGCAGGAGAGACCGAGGCGAACACCAUGUGGUUGUGUAACUUGACAAUGAACCACGAGAUUGUGACUAUCGGGACUUUUCGGACAAAGGAAGAGGCACUACAAGGGUAUGAAGAGCAGAGGAAGUUUAUGAUGGAAAACAUUGCCGAAUUCAAGAAGUUGCAGCUAUUUGUUGCUAAAAGGGAGGAAGAACAACGUGAAGAAGACCGAAGGGUGUUAAAGGAAGCAGUGGCUCAGUGUCAUCCGAGAUUCAUGACGAUGAAAGUGACUCCCGUGACUGCUCUGACCUCUGGACCUCCUGUAAACAACAUGACGUCGAUGACAAGAGGGACUCCGCAGAUGGUGGCGAGAAGUAUUGCAGUAGAUGCUGCUGUUUUAUUACCGAAGGUGAAUGCUAUGCCGUCGUCAGAGACUGGAGGCGCAUCACCACGAAGAGUUGCAAGGACUGUUAAGAGACAGAGAGCAGAGAAUAUCAGUAGUGCUACUUUGUCCACGAAGAAGCACAAAGUGGGAUCAGCUACUGCGAGUAACUCAUCAGUAGAUGGCCGAUCGUAUCUGAAAUUACGUCGGCUUAUUCAGAAGCGUUUAUGCCGACAUCUAAAAGGAAGAGAAGUGUGCGUGCUGUCAAACCCGAACAAACUUGACGGGAGAUUGCGGGCUUCUGGACGCCUUGAGGCCGGCAAAGUAUUUUCAUUCCGCCGCAAGAAGCAGAUGGCCUUUGCUGACUACGUAUGUGACGAACUGGGUCGAGCUGAGUCGGCAUGUGCGCACAUGAUCCUUGUUCGAUCAAAAGAAAGUAUCGAUGACCAUCUGAAAGUUUGCGACGCUUUCUUGGACAAGAAACGUUGA